AUGGCAACGCUAACGGAAGAACUGAAGGCCCUCGAACUGGAGGAACAAGCCAUACGGAGACAACAACGUGAGGAGAGACUUCGCGCAAAGAUUGCAGAGAAAAGGCAGGCAAUCGAAGCAUUGCAUCGAAGCAGCCCUUUACAGACUGCGGAUAGAGCCGGAACCUUCACCACCAGGGAUCUAUCAAAAUUGGAACUCAAUGAUGCAGUUGGGGGGAAAACGCCUCUAGACGAGAUCCUCCAAACCAUUGACCCCUUGCAAGACCAACCAAUGAAUGGUGCCACGUGGCCAACGCAAGCUUUCAACCGUGCCCCGAUAUGGCAAUCACCGUCUAACAACACGGAAAUGUUCCUGAAACCAGGGAAAAUGGCAAAGGGUGAGAAACCUUUAUUGAUAAUUGACUUUGUUAAUAACAUUGUCCCUCAAGAUGAGGAAGAAACUCUUGGCAACCAGGGACAUGCCAAAAUUGUUGUAACCUAUGGGCCCCAAAAGCCCAAAUUAGAAACUGUUAGUUUAUCACAGUGGGUCAAAGCUAAUACCCGCAUUUUUUAUACAUUGCUCUCAGAGGGCAAAUUACCUAGCCAAGUAGCAAUUCAGAAUUACCUCGCCUAUACUGUAAAGAUAAUGGAGUUAUCUGCGAAGUACGAGUGGCGUUCAAUACUUCUAUACGACAAUGAGUUUCGUAAAUUGCAGGCUAUUUAUAAUUUUCAAUGGAGCUUCGACUCGCCCCACCUCCACACGGUCAUGUUGCAACCCAUAUUCAAGGCUAACAUUACUAAACCAUCACAAACUAACCCACCUUCAACACGUAUGGGUUUUGCUACUUUCACCUCAGAGGGCAGGGUUAUUUGUCGCAAUUUUAACGGGCCAAGGGGUUGUACCCUUCACAACUGCAACUUCGCGCGUGUGUAA